AUGUUUGCCAGUUAUUUAUUACUUGUUUUAUGGAUCAUCAGGCUUGUGCCAACCACUCACGCCCAUACAGGUAAUGAUGCGGAAUAUUUAUUAAAUACUGUUUUAAAACGUGAUGCUACUUCUUUAUCAAGAAAUGCUUAUUUAGAUCUGGAAGCAACCUCUGGUGCAACAAAUUAUUGUUCAGAUUGUGAUAAUGACGAAGUAAUCGUUACGGUUGAUGGUACUUCUACUAUUUGGACAAUUCUUCUUGAUUCAACAAUUUCAACAUUGGUGACUACUACUAGUACCGAAAAAACAACAUUAACUUCUUGUGGACAAUCUUGCACCAAAAGUAAAGAUGCUUCUAGUGUUUCAUCGUCUUCAGCUUCAUCAUCCACUUCGAGAAGCUUAAUUUUUAGAACUAGUACCAAAACUGUUACGGACACUACAACCUUGCCAACAGUUACCGAAAUUAAUACAUUUACUACGACCGACUCUCAUAUUGUACUUGUUUACACUGAUAUUAAUUCUGAAUCUACUAUAACAGGAGACUAUACUUUCAUAAAGAACAAAAAUACCAGAACUGUUAUAAUUACUGAUUAUGUUACUAGUACUGUUGGUGGUGAAACUCAAAUAGUAACUCAAACAACAACUUCUGUUGUUUAUGAACUAGUUGUGACCUGCCCAGAUCAUGAUUUUGCAACCACAUUGACUGGCAGUGAAACGUUUGUCCCACCAACGACAGCACCAAAACCAGUUGAGACACCAUCUCCAGAACCAUCAACUACAAUUUUAAGUAUUAAAUCUGAAAGUUCUGUACCGUCUGCCACUACUUCAGUUUUGGAUACUAGUAUUACUUUAGAAACAAGCAGUUCUUCUAUUGAAUUUUCUACUUCAACUCAAGAAUCUUCCAGUAUUGGACCUUCUUCAUCUAGUUCCAUCGGUUCAUGUACUAGUAGCUCAAUCUCAACUGAAGAAUCAUUGAGUACUACUAAAUUGCUGUCCAGUUUCACAAGUAUUUCAUCAUGGGAAGAAUUGUCAUCUAGUUUCACCCAAUCAACAACUAGCUCAAAUGCUGAACCUUCAUCUAGUUUUGCCGAACUGUUUACAACCGAAUCACUAUCAAGCACCAUUGAAGCAACAUCAAGUAUGGAAGAUAUAUCUAAUAACUCUGUUUUGACAAGCUCUAUUUUCAGUGAAACUACAACAAAUGAAAGCUCCUCCUACACUGAUGAGCCUUCCAGUAGUGAAGAAAUUACCAAUACUUAUGAACCAAGCUCGUCCACUGAACUGUCUACUACCGAUCAAUUUUCAAGCUUGUUAUCAUCAUCGUUGCCAGUGACAUCAACAUCAAGUACAACCAUCUCUUCUGCUACUCCAAUCACAACAGUUUUAUCUACAUCAAUAACUAGCCAAGAUACAAAUUGUGAAGCAACAAUCACCAACAUUUCAACAAAUACACUAAUUGAAACAAUUACUGUCAAUGGGAAUACAACAAUAUACACUGAAACUCAAUUAUCGACAUAUUUAACAUCAAAUACAAGUAUCAAUUGUCCCAACACAAAUAGUGCCACUACUACAACAACACAGGUUAUUCCUACCGCUACAACUGAACAAAUUCAUACUACUACACUAAAUGGAUCAAUUAUUGUUUCUACUGAAACUGCAACAUUAAAAACUACAGUGAUUAUUACUCAUUGUCCUGAAUGUACCAAUGAGUCAUCAACUAGUGAAUAUAGUUCAUCUUUAAAAGCUGAAUCUAGUCAACAAUCAAUUCCAACUAUUGAAUCAAAUUUACUGGAACUAUCAGUGUCGUCUACUUUAUCAUUGGUGGAAUCCACUGCUAGUGGUAAAUGUCUGGGAUUAACAACAACAACAUUUACGUCUAUUGUUUCUACAACUACUGAAUCAAUUUAUACUAUAACUUCUAAUGAAUCAACUUUUGAAAUGACAACAACGGUAACUAAUAUAGGCACAAUUGUGAUAACUACAUGUCCAACUAUCACUCCUGUUAGCUCAUCAUAUUCAAGUAGUGAAAGUUUAUCAUCAAGUGUUUCAACAUCAUUAUUGACUGAAUCAAAUUCAACUAUUCUGCAAUCAACUGUUUCAACUGAUAAGUCAAGUUUAACAAAUGAUAACCAAAUAUCAACAGUCUCAACAGAAACACCAUUAACGUCAAUUACAAUUAUUGAAACUACAUCAAAAACAACAGAAUCAUUAUAUACAACAACAUCAAAUGAUUCUACACAUAUUUUCACUACAACUAUAAUUGAUGUUCAAACUAAUACGAUAGUCACUUGUCCAACAACAACAUCAACUUUAACGCUGUCACACACUUCUGAUAAUGAAAAACCAGCUUCAUUGUCAUCGUCUUCAUUGAUUGAAUCUGAUCAUAUUGCUGAUGGUACUACAACUUCAACUACUUUCCAAUCAACUAGUACUACUACAGUUGAUCAUCAUUGUUCUUCAUGUUCAGAAAUAUUGUUAAGCACAUCUUCUUCAAUUAUAGGAAACAAAUCAACUUCAACUAGCAUUAGUUCAAUUGAGACAUCUGCUAGCAGCAGCUAUCAUUCAAGUGAACCUGAAGUCAUGUCAUCAUCAAGUUCUACCCUGAUUAAGCAGUCUAGUGAUUCUAUUCCGUCAACCAGUCAAACACAUGUAUCGACUACUUCUUCUUCUGUUAGUUCUUUGGAAACAACAACAACAACAACUGAAAAUUCACCAACAAGUAACGGUUUUUCAAGUUCGUCAAUUGUCACUAGUGUUAAUGUUCCCGAUUAUGUGUCACUGAGUGUUUCUAGCACCUCUAGCACCACUUCUUCUCCAUCUACUGAAUCUAGUCUGAAUGGACUUGUUAGUACAGUUACUGAAUCAUCGACUGCUAAUGAAAAUACGAGUGAAAUUACUACAAUUGAUAAUACUUCAAUCACUUCAGAAAAAGUCACCGGUACCAAUAGUAAUCCAAAAACUUCAGAAAUAAUUAAAGAUGCUACUAUUACCACUAGUGGUAAUGUUGAAUCAUUACAUUCAACAACUCCGAUAUCAAGCACUAGUAUAAUCAGUACCAAUGCUAUCAGUUCAUCAGACACUACAACGUUAACUAUAACCAAUACAUUAACAUAUUCAAUUGAUUCAAUUACCACUAUGAAAACUAGUUCGAUUACUACAGCACCACCACCACCACAACAGAAAGAAAGUUCAUCAGUAUUGAGUUCAUCGUUAAUCAUUAAUAGUUCUACACCUACAAUUAUACCAACUAUAAAUAUACCAAUAACUUUUGAAGGUAAUGCAAAUAGUUUAGGGUUAAAGAAUGGUGAUAAUAGUUGGAUUAUUGGAAUUAUGAUGAUUGGAUUAUUGAUGAUUUAG